GACCGAGCGCCGCCCUGGAACGAGAUCGAGAUGAGGCUGCUCCCAAGUCUGCGAUCCGCAUUUGAUAUGUAGGUCCCGAGCUCUCUCGGGCCAGGGGGGGGGUUCUAGCUCCAGUCCCAGGGAGGGAGCAGUAUCGAGACUUUAAUAUUGCGAUGUUGCCUUGGUAUAGCCCGAUUGAGCAAAUGGGGGGCUAUUGCUGGUUCUGUUAGGGUUGGGUGUUGGUUUGGUCACUCAACAGUUGCCGACCGGCCAGCCCUCCCUCGCCAUGAUCACCAAACCACCAAGACCACACAGUACCACCAUACCCAGUGGAUGUGACCAAGUCGACAUUUCCGCUUACUUCGCGGUCUUAUCUCGCUUUUAAAUGUAUCCAGCACGCCCAUGGCUUUACUCCGAAUACGAUAAACUUCCGAAAUCCUUCGGAUAGACAGACCCCACGGUUGGCUUUCUCGCCCUGCGAGAUGGAGGAUCACGGCGCCGUCGUCAAGAUUGUUUCAUGGUUCUUGCUGAUCGUGUCAUCCGGGGCGGUGGCGGCCUGCCUUCUGACGAGCUGGCAUCUUCUCGGAAGGAAGAUCUUGGUUCUGACCCUUCUACUAAGUACGCUGCUCUCAUCCGCGAUCGCCGGGGCCACCGUCUCUCUCGCUGCCGCCCGUGGCCUGGGCCGACCAAGGAUCGACGAAGACACCCCCGAAGACCAGCUCGCAGGUCUCCAGACAGCCAUCUACCUGACAGAGGUCUUCCAUGUCCUGACCCUCGGCCUGGGGAAGCUCUCCUUCAUCGCUCUCUUUUACAUGGUUCUGUCCGGGAGCGCGCUGACGACCCUCACGCGGGCGAUUUUCGCCGUCGGGACGUUUCUCGUUCUCUGGACCUUUACUAUGGUCGUUGCGGUCGCACUCCAGUGCCGUCCGCCCGAGGUUUGGGGUUUGAUAUUUGGGACAUGCUUGGACGUGACAGCCCUAUGGACCUACUACGGCGUCACGAACAUCAUCAUAGAAGCUCUAUUAUUUGCCGUUCCGAGCAUCCUCAUCUACCGGCUUCGCAUGCGCUUGCGCAAACGGUUGGUGGUAAUCGGAUGCUUGAGCGUUCGGACUCUAGACAUCCUCGUCUCCGCAGUUCAACUCCACUACGUCCACGGCUUCGAUCCCAGCCCAGCCCUGCCCGUGGCGCUCUACCCGUGGAUGCUGUGCGGCCAGGUCCUGCAGACCGUCACCAUCGUGGCAGCGUGCGUGCCCUAUCUUCGCGAAUUCUUGGAGUCCUUCCCGAGCGGCAUGCUGAAGCCAGCUGGGGUUGAGCGCACGACAGGGUUGCGGUACGGGUCGGGGUCUACGCGGCUGUAGGAUAGUGAUUCGGGG